AGCUGAUGCUUCCUGUGUGAAGGUAAGGGCUAAGACUAUGUGUGAGCAUCAGAACAUUCUCCUUUCUGAUGCUAUCAUAUAUAUAGGCUAGUAAUCCAGCAGCUGCAAUUCUCACAGGGACGUCAAACCAAAGACCAGGAUCAACAGCACUGCACUUCCAACCUGACUCAUGAGACUAGAAGGGAAAGAAGACUAUCAUAAAACCAGUCUUCCAAAUCUGUGGUUAUGGAAACCAGCCUGCUCAGACUGCUCUACAUUAUUUCAUUCUUCCAGGCAUCAGGAGCCAGGCAGAAAUCCUCAAAUCUGGACUGUUUAUAUGACUCAUUUGAGACUGUCAUUUGCACAUGGACCCCUGUGAAAAAUGCCAUGAAAGGGCAAUGCCAACUCACUGCUUCUGUUGACUAUGGAAAACCACCGAAGACAUGUCAAAUGAAUGGCACAACCAUAAGAAGUUGUAAGCUGAUUCUUGAGGGUUACAGCUUGACUAUUGUGGACACUAUUCUCUUGGUUGUAUCUUGCCAUACUGGGGAGAAAUGGAUAGAAGUUCAUAAUCAGACAAUAGAACCAUUUCGGAACAUUCAGCUCCAGCCUCCUUGCAACUUUCAACUGGAAAAUGCCAGCAAGCCUUCUUACAAUUUAACUUGGACCCUUUGUGUUCUCUCCCAUUAUCUAAAAGAAAAACUGGAAUAUGAAGUACGGUAUAGAGCAACUUCUCCUGGUGAGAAUGACACAAUCCUGCCCAUAACUCAGGAUCAGAAAUGGCUAAUAAUUGAGAACCUUUCUCCUGACACGGUAUUUGAGGCAGCCAUUCGUGUAAAAGUACAACGGAUCAAAUAUUAUUACAGUAUAUGGAGCAGAUGGAGCACACCUCCCAUAAGAUGGAGGACAGAGCCUGAAGCAUCACCACAAAGUACGCUCCUUCCAGUUCUUCUAGCCAUUGCUGGGAGCCUCAUCGUUUCCAUCUUCGUCAUUUUCUUGAUGAUUGUAUCUCCAGCAUCAAAAUGCUUUAGAAAGAUGUUCAGCAUCACUUUGCCAAAUCCAGCUGAGUUCUUUCCAUCUCUCACUGCUGUCCAUGGAGGAGAUAUCCAGAAGUGGUUGUCCUCCCCAGAAUCCAUUACUUCCUUCCACAUUAUAACUGAAGCUCCCAAUGUCUCCAUGCUGGAGAUCAUGCAAAAGAGCAUCAAGGAGUCCUGCCUUCCCCCUCCUAAGGAAUACUUCACACAUAUUGAGAACACAGUAGGGACCAGUGGACAGUCCUCAAGCAGCUGUUUUACCAACCGUGGCUAUUUCUUUUUCCACCACCUUGACUCCCUUGAGAUUAAUUCCUGCAAGGUGUAUUUUACCUAUGAUGCUAUCACUCAAGAGAGAAGCAGUGAAGAUAGUAAUUCCUAUUUCUUCAAAGAGCUCCAUGAAGCAAGUCACAAUUUCCCAUUGUCUACCAACAUCAUGACAAACCAGGAAAACUAUGGUUUUCUUCAAGAUUAUUCAGGAGGAGGUCUUCCAUCAGGGGAAAACUUCCCAACAGCAUCAACAAUAGAGCAGGAUGAGAACACAGAAGAGAGAAUUCCUAUUGUCUUGUCUUCAAAAACUCCUGAGCCGUAUUUCAUGGAUGGUUCAAGUGAGCCAGAAUCAUCUAGCAACAAUACAGAUGGAAUAGGAUUACUCACAAGUGAAGACUUAUCUAACAAUGUUAUGGGAAAUAAUAGGUUCAUAUUUCCAAAUCAAGGCCAGUCCAAUGAUUUCUGCAGAACUGCAUCCUCCAGCCAGAUCCCCAGUUCCUCAGAAGCCUACCUGUCCUUGCGGGAUCUUCAGAGACAUUACAGUCAUCAUUCUGUCUAAUUCCACAAUAGGAAGCCUCUUUUGAGAGCAAGACAGUUUCUUUACAUAUCAUCCACUCUUUCCAAUCAAGGAAGAGGAAAUAGAUCUCUGUCCUUUUGGCAUGAUUUAAGAAAAAGAAUGGAUAGAAGAUUCCAUAUUUUGUAGGGAUGUCAGUCAUCAGAGAAACAUGGUCAAAUAAGCUUAAGUGCCUCCAAAGUUUAUUUUCUAUAGAAUACUUUUGUUAUUCUUUGCAUAGAAUUUCACAUCCCUAAUCUCACAUCACUAAAUUUUGCUCUGAAAUUGGAAUACAGAGAUAUGUCUAGUGAAAGAUUUACAACUUCACCCCACAAGAGUUUUAAUACAAGUUGCUAUUUCUGGUGUUGAUUUUGGGUGGUUCUUUUUUAUUUUUUAUUUCAUUUUCACUAAUGUGGGAACUACAUAGGCAUCUCCAUCAAAAAGACCUCUUGCAAAUCCGGACCCAAAUUCUGCUCUUCACGCCUUGGAAUCCAAGUCUGUGGGUUACUUGUUGAAGGUCUUAGGUAUAGCUAGUCUGCUAAUCAGUACUGUGACUUUUUUCUGUGUUCAUUGGCCAUUGCAUGUUGCAUCCCUCCGUACUGGAUGUGAUCAUUUAAUGAAAUUGACUUGAAAUCAGCUUCUGAUGUUGCAUGGAGAAGUAGAGUGCAGCUUUGACAAGACUGUUUUACCCCAAGUAAAUAUUUACAGACAGUUUUUAGAAGUAAGAAGGCAGACACUCCUUUUUGUCCUAGACUGCGGUAUGUAAUCUCAUGUUAGCAAAACCUGCUAGAUGCUUAAUCAGACAGGAAACAGGAAACAAAAAGCAAGGAGCUAGGUAGAUUCUUGCUAGUUUCUGGCCUCAGCUAAAGGUUCCAUCUUCAACAUCCCAUAAAUAUCAACUCCUGAUUAUUUCAGGAAGAACUUCUAUCUUGGAAAUUAGACUACUCAUGAGUCAUGUAGCUUCCAGGCCCAUUUUUUGGCCCACUAGAGUUCCCAAAACACUUAUUUUAAUGUUGAUAGCAAAUUGCCAAUUUUCAGCUGCAUUAUUUUUGGUCUUUCUUUACUGAAACACUUGAUGUCGAAACAGACACCCUCCAAAAUCCCCAAAAUAAAACAUGUCAGCCUUGCUUUUUCCGAUGUUCUCACAAUAUUACCACCAUGAUCACAUAAAGGCUGAACAAUAUGAAGUGUGGUCUGAUUUUCUGCUGGAAAAAAUAGCAUGGCCACUGGAUAAAAGCUGCUGCCUUACAAGAAUCUGUAGCAGGGUCUGCCUAGUGACAUUCAACUCAGUCUGAAAAAUUGAAAUCACUGUCUAGCUGAAGCAAAGUGUUUGCUACAGUAUUGUGGUUAUUAUUCAAAAGUACCUGUGUUUGCUCUGUGUUUAUUAUGUUCCUCUCCAGUCUCUAGUAUGCAAGUGUCGGAGGAGUAACUGGAAUAUAAUUUCUGCUGCUGUUUUCACUGAUCCUUGCUCUGAAUUUGAGCACUUCCAUAUCACCACUGCUUCUACUCCCCAAUCCCAGAAAAGAGUUUGAAGACACUCAGCAAUUAUUUCCAAACUUGCUGACCUUGUAAUGCUGGGAAAGGGUCACACUGCUCUGUUCUGAGUUGUCACGGUCCCCACAGCAAUGAAAGCAAACAGAAAAACCUUCUGCGUUUCAUGGAGGGACUAAAAAGCCAUCCAGUCACUUUUCUCUGUAAAAGACUGCUUCUUCAGUCCAGGAGCCAACAGGCAGGAUAAGGUGAAAGACUCUGCAAAGGAGGAAAUAACCCAGCCAUAAACUGCAGAGAGCUGCAGCCUUUCAAAACAUAGAGUAGCUUCACGAUGCUUUCAGAUGCAUUGGCUCAGCUGUCAAGAUGGAGCAUUAUGGGGUCUCAAGGCUGCAGAGCCAAUGCUUAAGUAGCACCAUGUGGAGGUGCCCUUUUGUUAAACUGCUUUAUACUCUUUCAUACAAUAAACUGCUUUAUUGUUGGUGGACUCCCUUAGGAGCAGCAUCUUGGCUUGGGUCCGAAUAUAAAUCCAGUGAAGGAAGUUCAUGGAAAGUUGACCAUCUCUUCCUGCAGCCACCCACACUUCCCCCCACCCCUCAAUCUCUGUGCUUAACUUCCCAGCCAGACAAGGCUGGUCCAGGUGCUGCUGCUGCUAAGACUACAUGGAAAUAAUCUCUUUUAAAUGCAAUGGUUAAAUCCACACAUUGUGCUCAACUCUGUUUUGUUAUCAUCAUGAUUCAUUAGAUAAGCCAACGUAGCUUGGUUUUUACAUGAAGUGCAACGCUGUAUUGAGUGAAAAAAGAGGAAAAAAUGAGCUGCAUUAUUUUUUCUGCAGGAUUACCUUGAUCAUCUCUUAUUAUUACUGCAUUUUUAUAGCAUUUUGAAUGUUGUUUUAAUUAUUUUGCAUUUCAUGCCAUUAGCUACCUUGAGCUCCUUAGCAUGAGAAAAGUGGGAAUUUUUAAAUUGUUUAUUCUCAAUAGUCAUAUACAUAUUCAUAUUACGCAUUCUCUUUUAUUCCUUGUAGAGUGAAUAGAGGAAAUUGUUUCACAAUUAAAAAAAAAAGUAUUUGCAGUUGGGAUAUUGAACUAAUAAUUCUCUUUGCUUGAUCAGACAAAGGAUCCAUCUUUCAUUUGAUUAACAAUAAUUCUUGUGGAAUUUACCUAAUAUAUAAAAUUAGCUAAUUUUAUAUAUAUUUAUUGUUUUAUCAGUUAUGUGAGCUGC